AUGGAAUUGAUAAGACUCAGUUAUGCGGUUGUUUAUGUCAUUCUCCUUUGUGCGUUGGCCCAAGGGGGCUCAGAAGGGAAGGGGGGGAAGGAAGAGGAGAUUUCUAGAGAUGGUGGAGAAGCUUUCUCAUCUUCCAUUAAUUAUGUGCAUGGAAUUAAUAAGGUAGAAAAUGAAUUGAAACAUUGCAGGAAAGAAUUGAUAGAGAGGAACAAUGAUGUCAAAACUAGUAUUUCUCCUCCUGCUCCUGUUUCAGAAAAGGGUAGCUCUAGAUAUUUAUUGCCAAAGCAUUCUAGAUCAACCUUGGGUGUGGAAAGUGCUCAUGGCAGAAAUUUGAUUGCUGAUUCACCACAUAAUGCACCAAGUCCUUCUGCUACUACUGCUGAACCACCAAGUCAUGGUCCAACACCAACAAGUUCUCCAUCAUCACCAACUCCAUCAUCACCAACUCCAUCAUCACCGUCUCAAUCAUCACCAACUCCAAGUCCAAAAGGUGUGGAUUUACCACUCCCUCCAGAUAUGUUUGUGCCACUUCCACCAUCACCCCGUGCACCUCAUCCUCCUCCUCAGAAUUUUCGACCUAUAGUAGAUGCUCCUGUUGCUUCAUCACCUAACAAUGAAAACAAAAAGAAGCAAACAAUUAUUUUAGCUGCCUCUUUAUCAGGAAUUAUUAUCUUGAUAGGCUUGGCCCUCUGCUAUCGCGAGGCCAGAGGCAACAAAGGUGACAGAGAUGACAGGCCCUUGUUGGUAUUAACCUCAAGUGACUAUUCUGGUGGUUCAAAGAAGGUUGUUCGAUUGGGAGAUGCUGACAAGGAAGAAUCUGACAUUGACAAUGGAAAGAAACCUUCUAAUUUUAGAAAUUGGUCCAUUAAGGGUGGACAUAACAAUGCCUCAUUGGUUGAGACAACAGCAUCAGAAGGUGUAGGACAAGUUCUCAAAGGAAAGCCUGCCCCUCCACCUCCACCUCUACCUCUUGGACCACCACCACCAUCAGCUCCAAAGCCGCCACCGCCUCCUGCUCCUCGUGCACCGCCACCUCCAAAAGGUGCUCAUCCUCCACCUGCUCCUCCCAAACCAUUGGGAGGUAAAAAUCAAGGUCCAUUACUUGCUAAAGAAGGAACUUCAAGUGACGGUGAUGCUCCAAAACCAAAACUAAAGCCAUUUUUCUGGGAUAAGGUUAAUGCAAAACCUGACCAAUCAAUGGUGUGGCAUGAGAUCAGUGCAGGAUCAUUUGUGAUCAAUGAGGAAAUGAUGGAGUCUUUGUUUGGCUGCACCAACCAGAAUAAAAAUGAACCUAAAAAAAAUUCACUACAUGUAGAUACUUCAGUGCAAUAUAUUCAGAUUAUUGACCCAAAGAAAGCGCAGAACUUAUCAAUUCUUUUGCGAGCUCUGAAUGUGACAACAGAAGAAGUUAUUGAUGCUCUUAAAGAAGGUAAUGAGAUUCCUGUGGAGCUCAUCCAAACAUUGUUGAAGAUGGCACCUACAACAGAUGAGGAACUGAAGCUAAGGCUAUUCAAUGGACAACUCUCAGAACUAGGCCCGGCAGAGAGGUUUCUCAAAGUGUUGGUUGACAUUCCAUUCGCUUUCAAACGUCUUGAAUCUCUCAAGUUCAUGUUUAUGCUUAAAGAAGACUUCUCAAGCAUUAAGGACUCCUUUGCCACAUUAGAGGUUGCAUGCGACGAACUCAGAAAAAGCAGGCUAUUCCUGAAACUCCUCGAAGCAGUUCUCAAAACCGGCAACCGCAUGAACGACGGAACCUACCGCGGAGGCGCGCAGGCGUUCAGGCUCGACACCCUCCUCAAACUCUCCGACGUAAAAGGAACAGACAGCAAGACAACACUCUUGCACUUCGUGGUUCAAGAAAUCAUCCGCUCCGAGGGAAUAAGAGCGGCGCGAACAGAAAGAGCAGGAAGAAGCAUCUCCAGCGUCGGAACCAACAAUGAUUCCGACGAAGGAGGAGCCGAGGAGUCCGAGGAGCACUACCGCAGCCUCGGACUCCAGGUAAUCUCCGGGCUCAGCAAUGAGCUCGGAGACGUGAAGAAGGCCGCGCUUAUAGACGGUGAUGCACUCAGCAGCACCGUCUUAAAGCUCGGCCACUCAAUGGUGAAGACUCAAGAAUUCUUGGACAAUGACAUGAAGAACAUUGAGGAAGAGAGCGAGUUCCAGCAUUGCAUGGAGAGCUUCAUGGAGAAAGCGAGGGAGGAAGUGACGUGGCUGGUGAAUGAAGAGAAGAGGAUAAUGGCUUUGGUUAAGAGCACUGCGGACUACUUUCACGGGAAUGCCGGGAAGGACGAAGGCUUGCGUUUGUUCUUGAUCGUGCGUGAUUUCUUGAUCAUAUUGGACAAGGUUUGCAGCGAGGUGAGGGAAUCUACCAUGAAGAUAGCCAAAGCUGCAAGCAAUAGCGCCAAAGAGGCAGCGAGGAGUUCGGUUUCUUCGUCGCAAAACUCGCCAACUCCAUCGACGUCCGAUAUGCAUAGAAGGCUGUUUCCGGCGAUCGCCGAGAGGAGAAUGGAUUACUCCAGUUCUGAUGAGGAUGAGGACUUCUAAUUUCAGAUCUCCUUGGUUUCGAUAUAUUGGUAUGGUUUGAAUUCGCGAGGGAAAACUUAGAUACAGUUUCCAUAAGUGUUUUUAGUGUUGUUUUUCUAUCAGAAUUGGUGUUUACUUUUUUCUCGUGACAAAAUAUGCAAACUUUUAUUAGGCAGAUUAUUGAAGUGAAACUCCAAUUCUGAUAGAAAAACAAUACCAAUCAAAAGCAUUUGAAGAACUGUAUCUAAGUUUUGUCCCUUAUUAAAUGACACCAGCUAAAGGAUUUGUUGGUCUUUUUAUUUUUAAUGUUGAGGUGUUGUUUUUUAAUUAGAGGGAUGGAAAAAAGGGGAUGGGUUUAAACUAGAAAGCAUGUUGUUAUACUACUUCAUCAAAUGCAAAGUGGGGAUGCCUGCAAACAGAAGAAGCCUUGCUUGGUAAUGAAUUUCAUGUGUGCUAUAAAGUUGAAUCUGAUUUUCUGAAGGGAUGUGUGUAUUAAUUAUCAUAGCAUUUCUGGGUGGACUCCUGAUCUAUGUUUAGUCAUUUAAUGUUUAGUAUGGUGUUCCUCUUCAAUAUUCAAACUCUCUGAGUUUCUUAUUUAACCUUUAAACAUGGAAAGCAAAAGAUUACA